GCUCUUGGUAACUCAUUCUAAACUCGUUUAGAUAGCUUCGAAGAUGAACUUGUUGUCGAUAAUCACCGCUUGUUUGGUCCUAUCCGGAACAGUGUGGGCAAAAGAAGGUUAUCUGGUGAACAAGGAAACGGGCUGCAAACUCGCAUGCGUGACCACGGGAGAAAACAAAAACUGCAAACUUGAUUGCAAGAACCAAGGAGGUAGUAAGGGCUAUUGCUUACUUUUUAGGUGCUUCUGCGAAGGAUUGUCCGAAAGUACACCGACUUUUCCCAUUCCUGGUAAAACAUGCAGCGGAAAAUAAUGGCAACGCCUUUUUAUUGUGCACCAACAAAAAUAUUGUAACGCUUGUUAAUUGCAAUUAAAUGAA